CUUCGAGCAUGCGCACCUGUCAAAAAAUUCCAAAAUGGAGUGUAAACAAAAAUUCUGACAGAAACAUGAACACUUUCUUUGAAUUUACCCAUGUCUAUGUGACAUGAGGAUGUUUAUUGGUGUUACAGUAAUCAUGGAUUCAGGAUGGACAUAGAACAUGAAACUAUUCACAACACGGGUAGUAUAGUAAGCUUAACGCACAAGCCUCCACAUAAAGGCCGGAAAAAGAAGAGUGCAGUUGCAAAAUUAGCAGAGAAAAAACGUUUGGGAUCUGAAUGUGGAAGUGAAUAUGGAUCUGUAGUGUCCCUACAGAAAGACGAAACUGAGAAAACAGACUCGAAGGAUAACAGUGACCAGAAAGUACAGCAAAAUGUUAAAAAUAGUCUUACAGAUAUUGGCAAAGACAAUACUGUAAACGAUACCGACAAAGUUGCAGCUCUGAAUGAAAAGAACAGGAAUAAUAGCAAUGUAAAGUCUGCAGGAAAAUCAGACAACCUGCUGGAAGAAUUCGCUAAUAAAGAGAAAAAUACUCCUCCAAAACCUGUUCCAAGGAAACUGAAUCGGAAAAAACUUGAAGAUAACAACAUAGGACUUGAAGGUGGAACUGUUGUUAGUAUAUAUGAUAAACGUGAACAAACACCUCCAAGGAAAGCAAAGCAUGAAUCUUCACCAGCAACCAGAAAUAAUGUUGAUAAAGAAAAAUCAAAGUUAAAGAAAGAAUUAUUUCCUAAAAGUACGGAAACAGAAAAAUCAGAUGGUACAUUUUCUUUAUUGGGUCCUGGAAAACCUAGGUCAGGAUUAACUCCCUUAGGUGAUUUACCUCCCUUAGAUUGCGGUCCUCAAAAAAUAGAAAAUGUUCAGUUAUCUCCCCCAUUGCCUAUGGACUUAGAUCAUGAUUCUGACCAUGAAGAGAAUGAAAACAAACAUAAAGAUGAUCUGUCAAUAAGUAACAAUGCCCCAUCAGAUGCAACAGUGCAUAGAUUUCGUGCUAUGCGAAUGACCCCUGAUAGAUCAAGAUCAGAAGAGUCCUUAAAGAAUGCUCAGUUUGCCCCUAAACCACCCUCUACUCCAAGAUCUGCAAGAAAAACUCCACCGAAGGGAGAAAAGAGAAACAGGGAAUCGAAUUCUUCUGGUGAAGAAGCUGAUAUGGAGAAGAAGAAACAAAACUCAGAUAGUGCUAAAAUUAGUGAAAAUAUAUUAAAUACUAGUUUAUCAAACUUACAGACUAUUGAAAGUGAUAAGAUGGAUAUAGAUAUUGGUAUGGAUUUUGCUCAUGAACCUGUUAGAAAAGGUUUGAGCAUUCAUCCAAAUGUUAAGGAAGUAAAGGAUUUUGAUGAUCAUUCAAACAUUAACCAGAAUAUGAAUGAUGACUCACCAGAAGUAGAACAAAUAAGAGAAACAUCUGAUGUUACAGAAGCAUUUCAAGUCCAUGAUACCAGUAUAGCUGGAACAGAUAAUAAAGAUAAGAGUGAAUCACCACAUGACAAUGUGCCUUAUGAGAAGGAGAGAAACGGUGGUAAAAAAUCAGGCAAGAAAAGGAUAAUAAGAAAACCAAGAGUUAGUCCUAGUACAGACAGGAAAGUGUUAGCUCCCUUGGAUGGUAGCGAUGUACAAAGUCCAGGUAAAGGUUCCAUAGACACCAUAGGGUCAGCUUCGGAUCUAAAAGCUAUAAGUGAACAAUACCAGGAGGUUCUUAAAAAUGACAGUCCUCGUAGUGUUCAUUCUGAAAAGGAAUCUGUGAUACCAGAACCAAAAUUAAAUAGUGGAAAAUUGUCACCUAUACAACCAAAAUCAUUGCCACCUCCUUUACCACAUGAUAUGAAGUCAACGUCACUGAGGACAACAUAUAAAACUGAUCCAAAAUAUUCCAUGUCCAAAUUCUUUGGGCGCUCCUUUUCUGGGUCAAAUGCACAGGACAAGACUAAAUUUGAGACAAUGUCACACAGAUCACUGUCAGCUACAACAACAAUACAUGCUGUACCAACUCGAGAAGCCAGAGAUAGGAUGAAGCAUGGGACACUUGGAUCAACGUUACUGUCAUCAUCAGAACUUGACAAGUAUUUCCCUGACAGGAAAGUAGGAUUGUGGGUAGGGUGCUGGAACAUGGCAGAAAUCAAGGACUGUAGGGAACCAUUAGAUGACUUUUUGCUGCCUGAAGUGAGUGAAUAUGUGCAGGACAUCUAUGCCAUUGGUACUCAGGAAAAUGCCAUGAACAAGAAAGAGUGGGAGAUUCUACUGCAGGAGACUAUUGGACCAUCUCAUGUUUUGUUUCACUCAGCAGCUCAUGGGGCAUUACAUCUAGCAGUGUUUGUCAAGAGAGAUCUGAUAUGGUUCUGUACAGUGCCAGAAGAUGACCUUGUACAAACGAGAGCGGUUACCAUGGUGAAAACAAAAGGUGCUAUAGCAGUCAGCUUUCAGUUCUUCGGAACUUCAUUUAUCUUCAUUAAUUGUCAUUUUGCACCUGGUGAUGGCAAGAAGAGGGAGCGGUUAGAAGACUUCACAAAAAUCACCAAGAACUUGAACUUACCUAAACAGGGAAAUGUGGGCUCACCUAACAGCAGUUCCUCAGAUGUAACAACAAGAUUUGACAGUGUGUUUUGGAUGGGAGACCUCAACUUCCGUAUAGAGGCUUAUAAAGGCAAGCAGGCCGUGGAAGAUAUAGUGAAAUAUAUAGAACAACAGGAACACACAAACUUUGAGGACCUUCUAGCUGGUGACCAACUCUCGAAACUCAUUGUAGAAGGAAGUAUAUUUCAAGGAUUCCAGGAGGGCAGGAUAAACUUUAGACCUACGUAUAAAUAUGAUAUAGGGCAAGACACAUUUGAUACAUCAUCCAAAAAUAGAGUUCCAUCAUAUACUGAUCGUGUUUUAUUCCGUGCCAAGAAAAAGAAUUCCAUCAUAUGUACGCAUUAUAAUUCACCAUCCAAUGUUAGAUUAUCAGACCACCACCCUGUGUAUGGGAUAUUUGAGGUGGCCAUUCAGCCUGCUAGAGACUGUACAUUACCUCUGGCAGCGGGACAGUUUGAUAGGGCAGUGUAUGCAGAAGCUAAUAAACGCAGGACGUUGAAGGUGGAGGUGAUUGAUGCAUUCCAGAAAGAGAAAUCCAGCAAAGUGUGUUCUAUACAGUAACAUUGGUUACCCCGGCAACAGAGAUAGAAACACAUUGUGUAUAUGUGAAACUUGUCUAUACAGCUUAUUAAUUACAGAUCUGAAAUAGUGGUAUACAGUAAGCUGCUGUUAUAAAUUUUCUAAAAACAGUUUGUGGAGACAAGUGGAGAAGUAAAAAUAGAUAAAUAUGUUAGAAGAAAGCUUCUUUACACUUGAAUCAUGAUAUGAUCAGUAAAUGUGCAUUUAAGAAGAUAGUUUGCUGUUACCUUGUGAAAAGGUACCUGUUACCUUAUGACAGGGUUACUGUUACCCUGUUACAUGUAACUGUUACCUUGUGGUUACUGUCUUACUGGCAGCUGUUAUUACUGUUUUUAGCUCACCUGUCACAUAGUGACAAGUUGAGCUUUUGUGAUCACGCAGCGUCCGUCGUCCGUGCGUAAACUUUUGCUUGUGACCACUCUAGAGGUCACAUUUUUCAUGGGAUCUUUAUGAAAGUUGGUCAGAAUGUUCAUCUUGAUGAUAUCUAGGUCAAGUUCGAAACUGGGUCAUGUGCGGUCCAAAACUAGGUCAGUAGGUCUAAAAAUAGAAAAACCUUGUGACCUCUCUAGAGGCCAUACUUUUCAAUGGAUCUUCAUGAAAAUUAGUCAGAGUGUUCAUCUUAAUUAUAUCUAGGUCAAGUUCGAAACUGGGUUACGUGCCAUCAAAAUCUAGGUCAGUAGGUCAAAUAAUAACAAAACCUUGUGACCUCUCUAGAGGUCACAUUUUUCCUGGGAUCUUUAUGAAAAAUGGUCAGAAUGUUCAUGUUGAUGAUAUCUAGGUCAAGUUUGAAACUGGGUUACAUGCGGUCCAAAACUAGGUCAGUAGGUCUAAAAAUAGAAAAACCUUGUGACCUCUCUAGAGGCCAUACUUUUCAAUGGAUCUUCAUGAAAAGUAGUCAGAAUGUUCAACUUGAUGAUAUCUAGGUCAAGUUUGAAACUGGGUCACGUGCCUUCAAAAACUAGGUCAGUAGGUCAAAUAAUAAAACAUUGUGACCUCUCUAGAGGCCAUAUUUUUCAGGGAUUUGUAUGAAAGUUGGUCUGAAUGUUUAUCUUGAUGAUAUCUAGGUCAAGUUUGAAACUGGGUCAACUGCAAUUAAAAACUAGGUCAGUAGGUCUAAAAAUAGAAAAACCUUGUGACCUCUCUAGAGGCCAUACUUUUCAAUGGAUCUUCAUGAAAAUUGGUCAGAAUGUUCACCUUGAUGAUAUCUAGGUCAAGGUUGAAACUGGGUCACGUGCCAUCAAAAACUAGGUCAGUAGGUCAAAUAAUAAAAAAACCUUGUGACCUCUCUAGAGGCCAUAUUUUUCAUGGGGUCUUUAUGAAAGUUGGUCUGAAUGUAUCUUGUUGAUAUCUAGGUCAAAUUCGAAACUGGGUCAACUGCGGUCAAAAACUAGGUCAGUAGGUCUAAAAAUAGAAAAACCUUUUGACCUCUCUAGAGGCCAUAUUUUUCAAUGGAUCUUCAUGAAAAUUGGUCUGAAUGUUCACCUUGAUGAUAUCUAGGUAAAGUUUGAAACUGGGUCAUGUGCGGUCACAAACUAGGUCAGUAGGUAUAAAAAUAGAAAAACCUUGUGAACUCUCUAGAGGCCAUAUUUUUCAAUAGAUCUUCAUGAAAAUUGGUGAGAAUGUUCACCUUGAUGAUUUCUAGGUCAAGUUCGAAACUGGGUCACGUGCCUUCAAAACUAGGUCAUUAGGUCAAAUAAUAGAAAAACCUUUUGACCUCUCUAGAGGCCAUAUUUUUCAAUGGAUCUUCAUGAAAAUUGGUCAGAAUUUUUAUCUUGAUCUAGGUCAAGUUCAAAACUGGGUCACAUGAGCUCAAGAACUAGGUCACUAUGUCAAAUAAUAGAAAAAACGACGUCAUACUCGGUUCAAAACUGGGUCAUGUGGGGACAGGUGAGCGAUUCAGGACCAUCAUGGUCCUCUUGUUAGUUAUCCUCCUUUAUUUGAUUUACUAAUUACACUUUUUUCCUGAGCAGAACUCCAAAACUUUUAAAGGGAUUUGGUAAUACCAUCGCCCAUUGACAGAGGUCAUUUACAGAAAAUGCCAAGUACAAUAACCUUGCAAGUUAAUUUUUUGAAUUAUCCGAGUUAAUUGACUUUGCUUGUCUUGAGCAUUAUUCUAAGUGCUGAAGUAAUACCUUUUUUCGUACUGUACAUGUAUACAAAUAUGGAGGACAUAAAGGGGAAGUGCAGCUAACAAGAACCAUUACUGUACAUUGCUUAAUUUGUGAAUUAUCUUCCUUUAUUUCAUGAACUCAAAAUGCAUUUGUCCAGAGCAUAACUCCCAUAACUGUUGAAGGGAUUUUGUGAAUAUUGCAUUGUAAAAGAACCAUAAAUCUACUACAUGUACUUUUUGAAUUAUAUCCCUUCAUAACUUUAGAAAGAAAAAUCUACUUAAUCUUCUGUUUUUCAAAAUAUCUCUUCUCUCAUUGGCCAACAUUUAGACAAAAUAUUAACUUUGGUAUACUAGCGCCCCAUGUGGUUCUGGGACGAUCUGUGUAUGAAAAGAAUUGGAACCACUGCCUUACCCUUGCAUGAUCGUAAGAGGCGACUAAUAGGGUCUUAACACUUGGUUUUGCUGUAACUCUGUGAUUCCAGCAGGUGUGCAAGUUUUGAUUCCAUACCUCCUGUUUUUAUUUCGAUGUAAAUGGGAUGUGAAACCAAAAUUUGUAGUCCUGUUUGGUGCCAUAUAACCUAUACUGUGUUGGUGCGCCGUAAAACCCAAAUAAAUAAAUAAAUUGGUAUACUAGCAAUGGCCAUAUUCAACAUAUCUCUUGUUCGUUCUUCUCUCUUCAUUCAGAAAAAGUCCCAAAUGUCAGUAGAUAUUGUUUUGCCAGCAAAGAUAAGUGUAUGUGUAUUUCUUUGAAAUAUUUUAAUAUGAAAUGUAUUGUUAAUGUAUUAGAAGUAAGUUACGUAUCACAUAGUCGCAAUUUUUUCAAGAUGUGCUUUAGUUAUUAUUUAUUUAUUUGUUAAAUUUAUUUCAUAUAUUUUCAAAUUUAACUUUUUUAAUUCAUUAUAAACUGAUGUACAACAGAUCCAUAGUCCCUGUGUUAUUCUUUUAAACAUUGAUGAAAAUGUUUAGUUGUACAGUGAAGUCAUUAAAUAUAUGGAAUCUGCAAAUUGAACUAUUUCUUUGAGACAUGAAUUUUUAGGAAUCUGCCAAAAGGACUAUUUUGGGGAAACGAAUUUCAUGGUUUUCAAACUUUUAUGAUGAAUUUAGUAGAGGUUUAGGUUGUCUGAUUUUUACGAGGUGUUGUCAUCAUUUGUUCAGGUUCAAUUUUUUCUCAAAAACUGUAACAGCUAUAGCUUUGAAACUUUGCUCUAGGCCAAGAAUGAUAACUCUAACAUGCAUUCUUGAUGAAAAUUUUCUUGGGAUUUUCAUCAGAUAUUUUCUUUCCUUAUUGUGAAUAUGGGACCAGUUUAUGUUACUUGUUUUGUUGUGCCAAAUAGUACAGAUAUUUAAGUGAAGUAAUGCUCAAAAAGUUACUAGUUGAUUGCUGAAGAGUUAAAAUCAAAAUUAACUGGCUGUCUGUCCAAAAUAAAUGUUUUUGAAUUACAUAAGUUAUUUCAGGUCUAUUGUUAGACUCUCUGUUCUUUAACUCUGUCACAAGAUGGCUUCAUUUUAAUAUACCAGGUAGCAACUGGCAUUUGUGGACUGCACAGUUACAAGGUGUAGUUUUCUUAUAAACAGGAUUUAAUUUUGAAUUUUAAUAAAAGUACAUUUUGAUAUAAUUUUAAACAUUUAGUCAACAGAAUUAACCAAAAAUUAUUCAAACACUAGUAAAACCUCUCUUGAACAAUAUAGCAGUUUUCAGCUUUGAAUAUUGUUAAGUUUAGAAGUUACUGUAUUAUAAUUUAGAAUGGUUAAAAGAUAUUUAUCACAUGUUUGGCGUCUCGGGAGUGUAAUAAAACCAUUAAAUAAAAAUAAUACACUAGUGUCAUAAAACUUUGACGUCAACGUCGUUUAUAGUAUAGAAGAUGUUGGUCAAAUUGACUUGUUUAUAGAAUAAAAGGAAGUAGAAUUUUUUAUGUUUCGACAGGAAAGGCUAACAUGAAAUAAAAAGAAUAUUACAUUUGUGACUUUCCACAUUGAAUUUAUUAAACUCGUUGAAUAGAAUUGAUAAAAUGCUCUGCAGAUCCUCGCAUUUUAUUCCACUCGUUCAAUAAAUUCAAUAAGAAGACACUCAUGUAAUAUCCUCUAUUUCUUAAUUAGCUUUCUUUUAUGUAAUUUCAUUGUGUUAGACUGGAUAUUGGCCUUUGAUACUGUACUUGCUUAUUUUCUUACUUUUAACUUACAGAGAUAAAAAUGAAUAAGAAAAUGCAAACAUUUUUCAAAAAUUAAUCAGAUGAAUUUUUACAUACCAAUUGUAUGGUGUUUUCAGAACAGUUGUUUAUGUUGUUUGUUUAUGUGAUUUAUUUUCAUUCCGUCCUAGAUUUUGGCAUUUUUAGUUAGUAUUUUAAAUAUACAUGUCUGUAUAGUGAGAGAAAUAAAUUAUUUAUUGCUUAA